CCCAAGCAGCAGCAGGGCCUUGCCUUUGUGGUUAUAGAAAGAGAAGAUGGCUCCCGUUCUGGAGAAACAGCUCUCGCGCGCAGCCAGGGCAGGCGACAACAACAACGAAGAUGAAGAAGGACAAAACUUAUGGACCUCGAUACUGAGUGAAGUUUCAACAUCAGGUUCAAAGUUACCGUCAGGAAAAAAUAUCCUGCUAUUUGGUGAGGAUGGAUCGGGAAAAACGUCUCUCAUGGCUAAACUUCAAGGAGCGGAUCACAACAAGAGAGGCAGAGGACUGGAGUAUCUGUACUUAAAUGUCCAUGAUGAAGACCGAGACGACCUUACUCGCUGCAAUGUGUGGAUCCUGGAUGGAGACCUAUACCACAAAGGCCUACUUAAGUUUGCUGUUUCAGCUCAGUCACUAGCUGACUGUCUAGCUGUGUUUGUUGUGGAUAUGUCACGGCCCUGGACCAUUAUGGAGUCACUGCAGAAGUGGGCCAGUGUGUUACGUGACCACCUGGACAAGCUAAAGAUCUCUCCAGAGGACACAAGAGAAAUGGAGCAGAAGAUGGUGAAAGCGUUCCAAGAGUACACCGAACCGGAGGAGGCCACCCCAUCCUCCCCAUCCUCCCCACAGAGACGUGCCCAAACGGCAGGCGAAGACGAGGCUGUUGUGCUACCACUCGGGGAAAACACACUCACACACAACCUGGGCAUUCCAGUGCUAAUAGUUUGCACAAAGUGUGAUGCAAUCAGCGUACUGGAGAAGGAACACGACUACAGAGAAGAGCACUUUGAUUUCAUCCAGUCCCACAUUCGUCAAUUUUGCUUGCAGCAUGGAGCUGGCCUGAUCUACACUUCAGUCAAAGAGGAGAAGAACAUGGAUCUGCUUUACAAAUAUUUAGUGCACAAGAUGUAUGAGUUCCAGUUCACCACACCGGCCUUAGUGGUGGAAAAGGAUGCAGUGUUCAUUCCUUCUGGAUGGGAUAAUGAGAAGAAAAUUGGGAUUUUGCAUGAAAAUUUAUCAACAGUCAGACCCGAGGAUCCAUUUGAAGAUUUUAUCACGAAGCCUCCAGUACGAAAGCUGGUUCAUGAAAAAGAGAUCAAUGCAGAGGAUGAGCAGGUAUUCCUGAUGAAACAACAGUCUUUGUUAUCAAAGCAGCCGGCCACUCCAACAAGAGUAGCAACAGAGUCUCCAGGCCGGACAGCCUCAGGGUCUCCCAGGCCUGCGGGUCGCACCGGCCAAUCCAACGUGACCAGCGGCUCACCAAUGGCUGCGGUCAAAAAGCCUGACCCAAACAUGAAAGCGGGGGCUGCCAAUGAAGGAGUGCUGGCUAACUUCUUCAACAGCCUGUUGAGUAAAAAGACUGGAGCCCCGGGGAGCCCAGGAAGUGCAGCAGUAGGAGCUGGAGUCCAAGGGUCUGCCAAGAAAACAGGGCAGAAGCCGGGUUUGACUGAUGUCCAGGCGGAGUUGGACCGGAUGACUCGCAAACAAGACUCCAUGGUUUCAACGAACAACAUACCAGCGCCGACCGAGAAUGAAGCGUGAAGGCAACAGAAACAGCUGCAUCGUCCACUGCGUUAAUAAAUCUGGAAAUAUACAUGUACAUGUGAGCAUAAAACAUUGAUCAAAUUCCCAAUGUCUAUAUCAGUCAGCGAGCACACAGUGGUUUCACCAAAACGAGUUUCAGAUGCUAUCAGAUAUUUUGGUGUUCUGUUGAAAUGGGAGGAGAGAGACGGAUAACGGAGAUGGAGAUGAUAUGUGCUGACGGCUUGGCUUUAUUUCUGUCCACUCUUUUGCUGUAAAUGUUGUUCUGUGAGGGAUGUCAGUUGACAGAAAUGAGUGCACACUCCCAGCAGGAGACGCCCUCUCCUCAUGGGUUUAAGAGUGGACACAUAUUAGUCAUGUGGCCACUGGUUCAGAUUAUCUCACUGAAGGAAUUUGGUUGCUAUUGGAAAGGUAUUUAACUUUGACAUAUAUUCAUUUAUUAAAGUAAUUGAAAUACUUUCAAACAUAUGUAGUAUGUGCAAAAAGAAAUUGUUGGAUAUGAUACUGAUGUAUUUAUACAAAGUUCCUUUUCAUUUUAUUUUGCGCACCAUUUAUCGGGUUAAGGAAGCGGUCAUCUGUAUCACAUAAAAAGCCACUGACGUCAUGACACUAAUACGACACGUCCGAAUCGCUGAUAGCAUAUAAUUUGCCCUAUUCAUCUCGAAUGAUUCUGUAAAUAUAAAUAAGAAGAAAAAAAACUAUUCAGGUUAACUUUGAUUUUGUAUAAAAUGCAAUUCUGUCCAAAUUCUUGAGUCGCUUGUUUGACUAAAUCAGACUGGUUGGGAUUUGAUGGACUUAAAGUUUGCAACGGAACCUUUCGCUACAGGUGUGUAUAUUUGGGGAUCGGGGUUGGGCAGCAGCUUUCCUACGAUAACUCCGAAGUGCCUCGCACAGUUAGCGGUUUGUGUCAUAGUGGAGGUGUUCGUCUACACGAGGAGAUGCACUGUAGCACCAUCGGCUAAAAGGUUUUUGUCCAUUUCUUGUCGUCCAAAUAAUUUAUUUUGUUUUACAUUUGUGUUAAUGUACAAGGAGCCUGGUCUGUUCAGAUUUCUGUGGCCUAGUUGAUAGUAUUCAGUAGAGCGAUAGAUUGGAUGACUCCAUACAAACUGUAAAGACUGCUGAUAUUACGAAGAAACCACAUGAUGGAUUUUUUUGGAUCCCCCCCAGAAGAUCGCUUACUUUGGUUUUAAAGCGCUGGGUUUUCAGUCGAGACGCACGCUGCUUUUUGCUGUGGUUUGAACAAAAUGAGAUUUUUUUCCUUUAUGGGUUGACGGCACUGUCCUCCUUUUUUUGGGGCGGGGGGGUUCACGUGUUUUAUUCACACUGUAAUUCGCAUGUCGGUUAAAAACAUUCCCAGUGUCUACAUGAAGUAGCUGUAUAAACACACACCUGUUUGGCUCGGUCUCUUUCAGUGCCCUUUUCACUUGACGACCUUUGCCUUUACCUUCCAGCUACCAGUCACACUGAGCACCCGGCCUUCACAGGAAUGCUCAGACUUCAUUUGUGUGUCCUUAAGGGGUUGCUUAAUUGUGUUCUGUAGUUUUUCUUAAAUCAAACCAUUAUACUGUACCAUAUCAAAUAAUCUAAUAUGUUAUGGUUUCAUGAAACUAUAAUCUAAUCAAAAUGAUCGAAGUGUACAUUAUCAACAGCUGUGUGGCCCUACUUAAUCUUAUGGAAAGUGUUGAUCAGUAGAAUUCAUAGAAUGAAUGGCAAGUGUGAAGAGGGCAGCUAUGUGCUACUCAAACGAUGGCAAAAGAGGAAAACUGGAGUGGAUUGGGACAUGGAACCAAAGAUGCAUAUUGAUCAUGGUACCAUGUUCUGCUUUGAUAGUUGAUAUUUAUCCAUAAGAUUAACCAGUGGCCAUGUUGUCCCGCCCUUACAGUUCAAGUUAAGAACUGCCUAUGAACUAUUUUUUUUUGAGUAACGCCCUCUAAAAAUGCUAGAACUACCAUACUCCACUCAUAUCUGUAAAUGAAAACAAAUACCAGAACUCUAAACCGGUCUGUCUACAAAUGCAAUUCGUGUUUCACUUUAAAUUGGCUCUGUAAAGGGAUAACCAUCGGAUCAUAUCGGUGUACAGUUAACUUCACGCACAGUUUGAUUUGUAAUCAAACUGAUGCUACACCUCUAUUCUGGAUUUACUUGGAUUGAAGCUGUUAUUGUUUUUAUUUUUCCUUUUUGAGUGGGUGGGUGGGUGCGCCUGAGGGUCUGAAGCCCGCGUGGAUGAAGCACAAUUUAAUGACAGCCAGAAGCAGUACCGUCACAUGUUGAAAUAAGCACUUUUCCUUGGACACUUGUAUCAAUUCCCUGUUGCUAAAGUUUAAGAUACAGAAUGCAUAUUUUCCUUUUUGCCUUGCCUUUUUAGAACAUUUAUUCCUGAACCUAGAACUACACCUUUUGCUAAGGAUGUUGUGAAGAUGUUAAACAAACCAAAUAAAUGUCUAUUCAUUUUCAGGUUUGACCUUUUUGCCCAUUUAUGUUUACAUCUGAAUUAGGCAUGUUUUGUUUUGUCAAAUAAGGCUUUGCCCAUAGACACUUUCUGUUUAAAAUAAGUUUGGAAUGCCCCGCUGCCGAGACUGACCACACUGAUGUCAUAUCAUAUAUAUCAUACUUCAUGUGACAUGUCCACACUCGCUCACUGAAGUGCUCUCAUGCUGCUUAGUUUCAAAGUUGCACUCGCUCUUUGUGACGGUUGGAUGUUGCUCCAAAUAUAUAAUAAUGAACAGUUGUAACUUUUCUACUCUAACGUCAGUUGAACGCAACUGUCGCCUCACACCCUAACUGAAUUGCCUUCGACCACUAUUGGCAGUCUACAUCUAUACGAGACUCUGGGCUUCUGCUUCCAGUCCUUUUGUAUUCCGCAUAGCGAGACAUUGUAAGCACAUGGCUGGCUGCAUUUCUGUGUCCUGAAUUAAUUCAGAAGUUUGAUUGUAUGACUUUUAACACAAUUCUGUAGCCUUUAAGCUGCCAUGUGGGUUCUCGCUUCGUACGCUGACAAAGAUAAGGAAAAUGUUUAUCAGACCCCUGGCUUAAAUAAAAUCAAGAAUCCAAACUUU